AUGGCGUCUCUUAUGCCUUCCAGACCGAGCCAAGAAUCCUUGUUGGGCUUCCCUUUUCUGACACCAGAUGAAUUUGACUAUGGGUGUCGCGUCUUAUGCGAUCGAUUCCACGCAUGGCAGAUCUCGAGCCCGAAUACAGGGUUGUCGAUUCGGUUCGUACAUCAACAGACAAGUGAUUCGAUACUCAAGAUAUCACGGCAUAUUGAGAAUAUCGGUGUUCAUGACGAAGAGAAUGCGUUAAUGCAUGAGCCCGAGGAUCUUCAAGAACCGCAGCUGGAAGACGAUUCUGAACACGAUCCUGAAGCUCUAAUUCGCGCAACCAAACCCAAUGCAUCCUUACAGGUGGAUUAUGAUAUCGCCCUCUCUCCCACGUAUCAAGUUCCCGUCCUGUACUUCACGUUACGGUGGACAAAUCACAAAGGUCCAGUGUUCGGAAUAGACGCGGUUUACCAGUACUUGGUGCCGGAUGAGUAUCGAAAGCAAUUGAAGAAUGUCGGUAUUAUAGGUGGUAUCAGUUUCGAUUAUCAUCCAAUAACUGGCGCGCCCAUGUUUUUCGUCCAUCCUUGCAAUACCGCGGAUGCUAUAAGACACAUCGCAGGGGGGCAGGGUGUCACACCUGAGACGUAUCUCAUCAUCUGGCUCGGGUUGGUAGGACAUUGCGUUGGCUUGAAUAUGCCGUCUGAGCUUUUUGCAACGGAAGCGGGUGCAAGAACCCCAGAACGCCUUGGACAGCGAUAA